UCUUACAGUCCUAUUGAGGCGAAUAAUAUAAUUCUUUCUCUUGGAAGGGCUGAGCAAAGAGUUAUUUUGGUGGAAUAACUGACCUUGGUUGCCGUGAAAUUGCUCAAGGAAGACAACGAAGAUGAUCAUCCCUGUUCGUUGCUUUACCUGUGGAAAGGUGAUUGGCAGUAAGUGGGAUACAUAUCUUGAUCUUCUUCAGGCAGAUUACUCCGAGGGCGAUGCUUUAGAUGCUCUUGGAUUGGUCCGCUACUGCUGCAGAAGAAUGCUUAUGACUCACGUUGAUCUCAUUGAGAAGCUUCUCAAUUACAACUCACUUGAGAAGACUGAGCCAAACAUUUGAUUUCCUUGGAUGAUAUGACUGCUAUGGUCAAAAUAUCUAAUAUUGUGUUAAAAACAUUGUGUUUGCUGUGUUUUAACUUGGAGUAAUUUGAUGUUUGAUUUGACUUGGACUAAAUGUUUGUAGAUUUGUGGGGACAGAGAUUCUUUUUUUUUUUGAAAUAUUCUAUGUUUUACUUUUUCACUUCGUUUUAGCUGUAAAUUUAUAUAUAUAUUCUAGUUUUGGUGCAGAUUUAAGAAGUUGGUAAGUUUACA